UGUAAAUUGAUUAGGCAUUUGAUGUUUGUAAGGGAUGUCUGUGUUGUGUACUAAUAUGGCCAAACCCUUUACAAAUUUGUGGUGCUGUGACCAAGUGUAUCUAGCACUAUGGUGUUACAGAGAAAAUCAAAUUUUUUAGGCUUAAGGGUAGUUGCACGCCACUCGCCAAACAUCCCCUAUAGUAUUGUAAAAAAUUAGAUAUUGUUGGGAAAACUACUAACCGAAAGAAGAAAAAUGAAAGGAUCUACAAUGUAUGAGGAUGAUGGGGAUGAGCCAUUGGUGCAGCCUAAUAUCACAAACAUGACAGUUUUGAAUGUGAUGGAGUACAGCUGUUUACAGAACUUUGACACUGUUGCUUGUGUCAGGAGCUGUAUCUUAGCAGUGUUAGCCAUUUUCACAUCCAUUCUGUGCGUGGUUAAGAUCGUACAACUGCAUUUGGCUCAUCACCCAUCGUGUCAUCAGUAUGUCAUCUUCUAUGCUGCUGCACUUGAAUGCGCAACUGGGGGUAUACACUGGAUAUUCUGGAAUGUGACUCAACUAGAUUUUUUACUCCAGUAUAUGAAACUGCUUCAGGUGCUUAUCAUGUGUCAUUACUAUAUCACUUUGGCUAUUCGUGCUCUACGGAAAGAAAAUCUUGCAGACAGAUUUAUGUACCCAUUCCUGUGUAUUGCUGUAUUGUACUUCACUAUCAUUACCUCUCUGGGAAUCUUCAACACUGAGCCGACCCAUGUGGAAUGUAUUGCCCCCUACUGGCUUGCUCUCUCUGGAGCUGAACUCUUGGUUGUCCAGCUGUUUAGUGUGUCAGGAUUCUACAUAACCCGACGUCUCAAUGAAAUCAGCACUCUUGGCUCUGUUCGCUGGUCCCAAAAACGAGACUUGUGGUGUAUUGUAAUUGUCUUUGAACUGUCUGCAUUGAGUACAUUUGUUUAUGAUCUGACUCUGCAAAUUUUGGGUGACAGAGAAUCUGGAUGCAGUGCAAUCUUUUCCCACCAGCAGGUCAUCUACUCCCCUCUUCUUGUCUCUCUCAUGGUAAUUAAACUACUUGUGCCGAUAUGGGUUAUGCUGUUGGUGUUUCAACCUCAUGUCACUGCGUCUGAGAAAGAUGAUUUCUUUCCAGGAUAUAGCGAAGAUGUGACGUACGGCUCCAUAUUUAGUGACGACCAGACCUACAGGCAGUUGUAUCAACCCGGCGACAGCUUCUCCUACACCUCCCCAACACCCUCCCCUUCAGGCUCCCCCUCUAUGUAUGACGCUAGCUUACCUUAUGCGUACAUAAACCCAGCACUCACCCGCUCUGGACUACAAACCAUUGCAGAAGAAAACAACGAUGAUGGACAAAUCCAAAAGAAAUCGGUCAAAACUAACAGGGCAGUCUCACCAUUGGCCGAAAGUGCGAGGCCCAUUAGAACCCAGGGACAGUUCCAGAGAGGGAAGUUUAUCACACGUCUAGUUACCAAGUCAGCCACAGCUGUUGGUGACAAUUUCUAGGAAAUUUCAGUUGGAUCACAUUAAACACCAGAUGAGCUUUUACGAUUAGUUAUUCUUUUUAAAAUAGAGUUCAGAAUUAUUAGACAAAACCAUUGGGUUUGUGUGAAUAUCUGCACCCUUUGUAUGGUUUGUUGUAGUCAUUUUAACAGAUGCAACAGCUUGCAGGAAAUGAUCACUACACUGAGACAAUGCAGAGAUGGAACUUUUCCUAUUUUUUGUAUGUUAAGUCCUAUUUUCUGUCAUGGGAAAAAAAUUUCAGGCAUUUCUGAGAUUUUCUUCUGAAAUUUUUUUUUUGCUGUACUAUUCCGUUGGAAAUGUAUUAAUUUCCACAUGAAUUGUUUGAGGCGAUGUGGCUAGGUGCCCCAUUGCCAGCAUAGGAUUUCCUUCUAGGUGAUUAGUUCCAUCUCUGUCUCUGAUUUUUAAAGUGAUACAAGACCUCAUUACAUCUUAUAGUUGACAUUCAGAGUAUAAUCUAAGGCUGCUAGUUUCUUUUGUAGUGCAAACCUUUUUUUUUCUCUUCUAGUCCAUGAGUUGUCUUCUGAUGAUGCUAAAAUGUUUUAGUCUCAACAAUGUUGUGGUUGUUUAAUUGCUGCAUUUAUUGACAUUUUGGUCAUAUGGUGAACCUAUACAUAGCCCUUUUUUUUUUUAAAUUAAAAACUACUUAAUUUAAUUUCAGUUUCAUUUUUCUCAGCCAUUCCUCAUUGUAUUAAACCUGCAUAUGAUUCUUUAAAUCUCCUUUUAUGUAAACUAUCCACCCUUGUCCAUUUUACAGCACAUGAAAUUUCUGUAUAAGAUCACGUUAAUACUUCCUGUAGUCAACUUUUAAAGUGCUGUCAGCCAUUUCGGUUUUCUUAAAUAUCAUGUUAUUGUAACCGUCAGUGUUGAUUCUAAUGACAGCUCCUAGUUAUUUUUUUAGUCCCAUUGAAAUUUGAGUGAUCUUCACCAAGAAUAAACAAACUGUUAGUUGGAGAUUCUUCUGCUCACAAAAACAAUUUGUAAGUCUGCUUUAUAUCUUAGUUGAUCUGGAGUUACCUUGCAAAAACACAAGCUCGAUAUUUGUUCUGCUUCAUAUCCUAGUUGUUCUAGAGUUACCUUACAAUAACAACUUGUAAGUCUGCUAUUCUAGUCAUUUCUAGUCAUUUCCAAUUAUUUUGUGAAAAUUUGUGUCAUAAAAGAUUGUACCUGCUUGCUGUGUUUCAAGUCAGCUUUUCAUUAUUUAUUUCUCAUGAUCUUUUACCCAAGUGUAAUCCCAAACUUUAUGCUUUUGCAUAAUGCAUAUACGCCAUAUCAUGGAUCUCUGUGAUUUUUAUUUUACACAUUCAAUACUCAAGGUUGUCUUAUAUUAAUUUAAGCAUGCUUUUUCAAUGUUUUUUUUUUUUUGCUGCUAUAGUUAUCAAUAUUUAAAUUUUUUGAAGUAUAUUUUGAUGAUUUAACAAAAUACAAUUCAAGAUUAUUUACUGUGUAUGAAAUGGUUACAUAUAUAUUAUGCAUAGAUGCCCUUGUCGAGUUUGAAAUAGAUUCUAUAAACGUUUCUAAAAGCUGUCCAAAUUUUUAGAUUUUAUGGUUAUACAAUGUGUAUAUCUUUACAUCAUUUCAGUUCCUUUACAUUCGUGGCUAGAAAUUGUAAAAAUUAUAGAAAAAAAAUCUGUUGGUGAUUUUUCUACAAUGAUCUUUAGCUUGAAAAUUUGUGUAUGUUGGGUUGUAUGUUACUACCAUGAACUUUCCUUACUGAUUAAUGUGUAAUGUGAAAUUCCUCUGGGUCACAAAGUUAGCUUGUUCUGCUGUUAGAUCUAAUGAAUGUUGUAUUUACUUACUAUUGUAAUAUCUGCAUUGAUAUUUAUCAGGCUUUAACUGGUAGCUUGAAGAAGGUAAUUGUACUUAAGUCAUUUCUGUACAUCUCACCAGAUACUUUUUUUUAAAGUGUGAAAUGAUUCUCUAAUGUUUCAUACUCAUUGUUAUUUAUGUGUAUUAACAUUUUUUUAAUGCUUAUUGCUUAGUUUUUUUUUAUUAUUUUUAAACCAUACUUGUGCAUCAAGUAUCAAUUAGCACACUCCCAACAUUUUUUCCCUGUUCAAAAGUUUUAAGUCUUUAUACAUCAAUUGAGGAUAAAGUGUUGAACUGUAAACUUACAGUAAUGAAUAUAUCUCAGUAUUAAUUUCCUUUAAACAGCAGUGAAUGUUUUUUACCUUACUGAUUUUUAAAUGCACUUGUCUAUCGACAAGCACUAAAUCUUGACAUUGUAUCAAUGCUAAUGUAAACUGACAUAUCAAAUCCCUUGUCAUCAGAUUCAUUGGUUCUACUCGCAUUAUUAAUCAAAUUUUACCAUGUUUUAUAAAUGUUUAUUUAGUUUAUUGCAAUCAAUUUUAUCUUUUCUUUUGUCCCUAUAAAAUAUAAUUAUUAUCAACUGGUGUUAUUUAUAUAAUUUUACUUCCCUAUUAUCAAAUGUGUCAAUUGUUUCAUAACCCAACUUAAUACACGUUUACCAAAUAGACUGUUCAAAAUCAGUUUAUCCUUACCUAUAGUGGUUUGCUCUAUCACAUGACCACAAGUCACAUGAUGAGAGUAGAUUUGCCCUUGUAACUGUUACUUUCUCACAUCAUGUUGAAAAUUCUUCUGAGAUGUUGUUCUAGCUUUA